AUGAAAUUAAGUAUUUGGGAAUACUUCAAAUCAGUCAUUUAUCCUUGCGGAUAUUUAAAAGAUAAAAAAAAGAUUAUCAAUUACAGCAUAGAUAAACUUUAUUACAAUCUUGAUAUCAUGCACAUCCUUAAGAGACUUAUUGAAGUAGAAAAGCUUAAGAGACUACUCCUUAAUUCAGAUUAAAUUAAAUUAUUUGAUUAUUUACCAAAACCCACUAUUCAUGCUGAUUUGAUUUUGAAAAACGCAGCCAAUCAAAAUGUUUCAAAAAGCAAAGAAAUAGAUUUACUUUAUUAAGACAAUCGUUCUGAGUUCUAGAGAGUGAAAGAUGCUUUCGAAGCAUAUAAAAAUAUUUAAUCAAGACAAGAGCAUAGUUUGCUUGAUUAAAAAAUAAUAGAAAUGCUUGAUCCUAACUUAGUUUCAGUUUUUAAUGUAUAGAGUAACAUGAAUAAUAGCAAAAACAAUAUUGAUUUACUAAACCCUCCAAGCUAAAUAAAAUAAAGCAUAUAUUAAUCAAAAAUUAUAACAUAAGAAGCUUUUUAGUCAAAUAGAAAUACAUUAAUAUAGAAAGAUAUGGCAGCUGUUCAACUUAAUUCUGAAGAAGUAUCUCAAAUAAGGACAUGUAACUCUCCAGAUUUAUUAGUAUUAGAAUCUUGUAGAAUAGCUCAAUAGAAUUUAGAUGCCAACAUCUCAUAGAGUUGUUAAGUCGAUGAAGUAAAAGAAACGAUCAAUAAAUAGGAUUAGUAAAAUAAUGUUAGUAUUAACAAUCAAACUUAACUACAUGAAAAAACAAUUUUAGAAGAAAUAGCAUAAGAAGAUAAAUACGAAGUAGCGAUGCAGAAGUUUGAACCUUUCGAAAAUUAAAAAAUGUGUGAAAUGAGCUUUACCAAAUUAUGA